AUGCCCAUUGCGGAGCUUUUGGGAGUCCAGUUCGAAAUGCAGCUGCUGUGGAAACUUAGUGUCUCUGUGGCUGCAGUGCUGCUGGUUUCUUGGGCCUACAGGUUCUACAGCUCCAGGCAUCCAAGAAGAAUCCAGCUCUAUGUCAAAGACAAAGAGCCAGGAAAUGCAACCUGCCAAAACUGCGAGACAACACUUCAACAUCAAAGCUCAACAAAACAUGAGACAGAUGAUGCGGGCCAGCAAUCCAGAUCGUUGCUAGCAGAUUCAGGUGAUGACCUGACAUCUGACAGCACCAAGGAGACACCAGCUGAGACUCUUCCACAUCAGGUUAAAACAAGUGAGGAUGUGUUUGCAACAAAUGAUGACCAUGAUACCAGCAUGGAUGAAGAGAUAAUCACUUAUGAGAAGCAGGGACAGGUUGCCACCAGUAAUGUUAUGUUUGGAUCUGCUUUGAAACUCCCUGAUCCAACAGAGAGUGGGAUGGUCAGUACAACGGGGCGGCGCUCCCCUUGCAUUUUGCAGAAGCUGGAGAGAAGUGUGGGUGUGGGCAGAGAGUUAAGACAGGACCUGGAGAGCAAAGGGUCCUACUCCAGCUUCCUCUCCAAGGCAGAGGUUAAAGUGGAAGAUGCAAACAUAGUGCUAGAAGGGACAGGAGACCAGGUUGUGCGUGGAAAGAUAUAUGAUUACUAUGUUGAGUCAUCUUCUCACUCCAUUACAGAUAUUAAUAAGGUACUUUCUCAGUAUGAGAGGGACUUUGAAUCAAAGCCAGGGGAGUUUGGAAGCCAUGGCAGCAGUUUCAGAGAGUCUCCAUCGUCUUUAAAUCCCAUCACUAUUCGUGAUCUGGUUUCACCACAAAGCACUGUUAAAGAUGCCUCCUCACCAGGGUGCCUCAAGCUGAGAAACCCCCCAAGGCCUGUACUCUUACGCAAAGAGAGCUAUCUGUCUGCAGCACAGGAGUCGGAGCUUUCGAUCCCCUUUCUAACUUCAAGAGCCUCAACUCCAGUGACUCACUCUCGGGCUAUAGCUGGCGAUGAGUCUGUCUCUGUUCACCCAAUUAUCAGUCCUGCUACUGACAGCAAAAUCCUUAAUGUGAAGGAGGGGAUAGAUAGAGAGACUGCAGAAGGGGCUCCAUUUUUAGACUUUCAAGCAAAAAUUCUUGAUGACACAGAUUUAGAAGUCUUAAAGAGUAAGCUUGAUCUGGGUAAUUGUUUGGAGACACUGUGCCUUGCUAAGAAACAUGGCCAGACAUCUUUGCAGAAAGCAGCCCUGGGGGUCAUGUCUGAUAACUACCUCCAUGUGCUCAGGGAUCCCAGCCUUUAUGGGCGGCUAAUGGCUGGUGAGCGGGAACAAAUCCAGAGGCAAAGAAUGAGGGGGAAGAGGUUUGUCAUGGUUGCAGACAUGGAUCCUCAAGAUUGGGUCAGCAACACUGAAGGGCGCAGAGCAACAUCAGAGCAGAGGAGGACAUCAAGUGCAGUGUACUAUUAUGAUGACUACAAAGACACUUGGCAUACACUCUGCCUAAUCCCACAGGAGGUCAUCUCUAAAGCCUGUGCCAUGUGCACAAUGGAUAACUACUUAUUCGUGGCAGUGGGCUGCCAAGGCACUGACAGAGAAAUGACACCCUCAAAGCGAGUGUUCUGCUACAAUCCUUUGACAUCCAUUUGGAAAGAGAUCAGUCCUAUGAAUGAAGCCAGGCCCCGCUGCAAACUGGCAGCACUGGAGGGCUACAUAUAUGCAAUUGGAGGAGAGUGCCUCUCCACUGUGGAGCGCUACGACCCACGAUUGGACAGAUGGACAUUUGUGGCUCCUCUGCCUAAUGAUACAUUCGCUGUGGCACACCAUGUGACAGUGUGCGAUGGAGAGCUUUUUGUUUCUGGGGGAACUCUUAAAUACAUGCUACUACGCUACAACCCCAAAACUGACACUUGGAGGCCAAGUCUCAUAGUAGGCAGCAAAGACAAGACUGUAGAUAUUGUGGCUGUGGGGAGAUUUUUGUAUCGGUUUGAUGUUAACCCAGUCCUGGGUGUCAGUGCGUACCGCUACCAUACGGUGGCCCGACUGUGGUAUGAGUGCAGCUCCAAACGGAUUCUGCAUUGCCCUGCAUUUCAGUGUGUCGCGAUGAAUGACACAAUAUAUUGUGUCAGCCGCCAGUUCACCAUGAAGUUCGAGGCUGAUGAGAUCUCUCCUGCUUUCAUAGAUGAGGAUUUGAGCAUACUCUCUGCAGCCAAGGGCAUACUUUUCCCCUUUAUUCUAUCACUACCUGAUAAGAAGCCUCAGCAGACUAGUGUGUAA